AUGACUGCCGUCACAUCCGCCUCAAUGAUCAACGACCACGAAUCAGAAGGUUCUAGAACAGACCACAGUCCCUCUCGAUUUACAGCCGUGAAUGGGAAGGACUCCGUGAUAUCUGCGACAUCGACGUCUGUUCCCGCUGUCCCUGGUGCGGCAACGGAAGACUCACGAGAAUCCUCUGAGCAUUGUGGAAAGAGCGGUCACGAUGAUACAAUACAUCGGCACGAGGAACGAAUGCGGGAGGGCGGAAGCAUCAAGAACGACCAAGAAGAUCGACGGUCACAACGAUCGUCCUCACAUGGUGCAGUGUCGGUUACAGGCAAAAGCAAACGAAAGAGGUCAGGAUCUGGUGAGCAUGUAGACGAAGCUCAUUCCACUCCCAGAGCUCCGAAAAGCCCAGCCUCUUACCUGGACGACACCACAAAUCCAAAUGCGCGCCCAUGUACAUCCAACGGAAGCACGACGUCCCAGGCUGACCAGGACUUUAAGAACACGUCCCCCUUAAUGCAUGCAAGGCCAGAGGGGAGCGAUGACUCACGAACCUCAGCAAAUACUACUUGGCAUGAGUAUGAUGCCCAGUUGGUCAGCCAAGCACAACGUGCGCAACAGAUCGAUGCAUCAGAUGCUCAAUUAGCAGAGGCACUCCAACGUGAGGCUCAGGGGCAUGAUGUAACUCAGAAGAGCUGGACUACGGUUAGUCGUUCACUGGAGGGUACCACACAGAAUGAGCAGUCUUCAUCAGCGUUGGCUGGGUUUGCUCAGGAGCGGCCGCAACCUGCUGUACAAGUUGCGCCAAAGAGAAAACGCGUUUUCAGCAACAGGACCAAAACUGGGUGUAUGACAUGCCGAAGAAGAAAGAAAAAAUGUGACGAACAACACCCUGCAUGUAAUAAUUGCAUCAGAGGUGGUUUUCUCUGCGAGGGCUACUCCUCACGGAGUACAUGGCAGAAGCCGUCAAGUGGCAAAACACCAGUUCCUUUACAAUCAAAGGAUGGCUAUACGGACGUUGGCAGUCAAUACGUACAUGAAAUUAGCCAACAACAUGAUCGACAACAAAGUUUGACUGAACAACUCGAGGCAGGGAAGAUGCGGUCAAUUAUUGUAGACGAUAGCGACCGUACCACCACACAGUUCAACAACUCAAGCCCAACAGGCGUUGGUUCCAGCCGUGGGUCAUGGUCCAAACGGUCCUGGCCGAAUACAGGCCACACUGCUUAUAUCACUGACCAUAUUACAAAGUCUGAUUACCGAGAUGUACCAUCUAUCCAUGAGCUACCCCGCGAGGGUCACCCGAAGACAGAUUAUCAAAUUGUGCCACCGAUUCGGGAGCUGUCACAUGGUACCGCCCAUGGGAAACCAGGGGUCUCGCUUUUCCAAGGUGGAAUUGACCAGCGGCCAGCUCUUGCUACCAAUGUGGACACUAGCAGUCCACAGGCCCAAGCGCGAAUGGCCCUGAGCAUUGAACAUCAGUUGUCUGCGCGCACGGUUCCCGGUGAAGAGACAGAAAAGGAUAAAAUGAUACGCGGUGAACUUUAUCGGCCCUUCGAUAUUCAUCUUGUGGAAGAGAGAGAGCGCUGUAAAGCCGCGUUGUGGCGGUUCAACAAUGCCUGCAAUCCCGUUUCUGGUCUGAGCAAUAAAGAACAAAACCGCCUUCUGAAAGAAAUAUUAGUACCACCUGCUUCAGCAGUGGGCUCACCCUCAGGUGUCACCUCCCUCGGCCGACGGGUUCCAUCGGGCAAGGCGCGGUUGUUGAAGCGCCCUUCCAGUGCCACUACGGAUAUAACGUUCAUAUUGGCGAGGACGUGA